CGUGGCCUGUGUCUGGGCUCGUCAAGUUGCCGUGGCGCGGAGAAGUCUGCAAAACAAGAGGCUGAGGAUUGCGUGAGUGAUAAACCAGUUCACGCCGGAGCUUGAAGGAGGAAGUUGCUCGAUUUGGGCUCUGAGGGAACGAAGCUCGCGCCUGGUGGACGCCGUUGUACCGCCAUGGGCAAAGGAGACCCCAACAAGCCGCGGGGCAAGAUGUCCUCGUACGCCUUCUUCGUGCAGACCUGCCGGGAGGAGCACAAGAAGAAGCACCCCGACUCCUCGGUCAACUUCGCCGAGUUCUCCAAGAAGUGCUCCGAGAGAUGGAAGACCAUGUCUGCAAAGGAGAAGUCUAAGUUUGAGGACAUGGCCAAAAGCGAUAAAGCUCGCUAUGACAGGGAGAUGAAAAACUACGUUCCUCCCAAAGGGGAUAAGAAAGGAAAGAAAAAGGAUCCCAAUGCUCCCAAAAGACCACCAUCUGCUUUCUUCCUGUUUUGCUCUGAACAUCGUCCAAAGAUCAAAAGUGAACAUCCAGGCCUGUCCAUUGGGGAUACUGCAAAAAAGUUGGGUGAGAUGUGGUCUGAACAGUCAGCCAAAGAUAAGCAACCCUAUGAGCAGAAAGCAGCUAAGCUAAAGGAGAAGUAUGAAAAGGAUAUUGCGGCAUACCGUGCCAAGGGCAAGAGUGAGGCAGGAAAGAAGGGCCCUGGUCGGCCAACUGGCUCGAAGAAGAAGAAUGAACCGGAAGAUGAGGAAGAGGAGGAGGAGGAAGAGGAUGAAGAUGAGGAGGAAGAGGAUGAAGAUGAAGAAUAAAUGGCUGUCCUAUAAUGUGUGUGGAGUGUGUGUGUGCUCAGGCAACUGUUUUGCUAAGAAUGUGAAAUUCAAGGCAGCUCAAUGUUAGCUUCAGAAUAAAAACUGUACAGAGUUUUGUAUAGCUGAUGAGAUUCUUUGUAGAGAAAAUACUUUUUGUAAGAAUGCAAGUUGUAGCUUUUUGACAAGCUACUUACAGUUAGGUUUUUUUAAGCUUUUGAUGUUGAAUGUUCCUAAAUAUUUAAUGGUUUCUUUAAUUUUUUGUGUAUUGUAGAAUAGAAAAGUUGAUAGGAAUUCAUAUGAGUAGUAAGUUUUGGGAUUUCUAGGAUGUUGAAUUUUUUUUUAAUUGUAAUAAAAUUAUGUAUAUUAUUUGUAUUGUUUGUCUUAAUGUUUUAAAAUCAGUUUCAUUUCUAAAGACAUGAAUGGGGCUAUGACACUUUUAACACAAUGUUGUGUUUGAUAUGUUUAUUAGCUAGCUUGUCAACUCUUGUUUUGCUUUUGCGGGUGGGGGCGGGGUGGAGAUUUGUGACCGAAAAGGCUGGAGCAUAAGUUUUCUGUUGGGCUGAACUAGUUAGAAUCCCCAAAUCUUGGCCCUGUCAUAUUUAGCAAGGAGUUACUUUACUUUUGUUAAGUAUUAGUGCAGUAUUGGUCCAAUGACCACAGCACAUAUAUAAGAACUUCAAAUAAUUGUAUGGUUGUGCUAAUUAUAUAUUCUAAUUACACAUUUAAAUUUGGGACUUUCAUCAUAAAAUUAAGUAUUUUCAGGAGCUAGGUGGUUAGUAUGCUAAGACCUUUGGGUUGAUAGUCAUGUACCUAGCUCUAUCAAAUGUUAGUAAUUAGAACAUUGGUUUAUUUCUUUUAAUACUGGGUUACUUUUUUUAAGUGACUAAAUGAAAAUGUACUUUAAAAUUACAGUGUGUAAUGUAUUGAGAUGGUUUUAUAAUCAAUAAAAUUGGAAUACAAAGUU